UUCCCUUUAAAUCGCACGUCAGCUGCUGGCCUAUCAGCGGAUGUAGCGAACGCGAACGGAAAACCGUGAUUUUCCGACUUGCAUGAAUAAAAACGUAUUUUUCCCUAGUAAAAUUAUGCUCUAGUGUUUGAAGUGAUUGUGAUCUGCUGGUCCUGAAGUAUGAGAAUAUGCAUCGCUUCGGAUUUCUUCUACCCCAACAUGGGCGGAGUGGAGGAGCACAUCUUCAAUCUGUCGCAGUGUUUGCUGUCCCGGGGCCACAAGGUGGUCAUCAUGACGCACUCGUAUGGCGACCGGAAGGGCAUCCGCUACAUGACCAACGGGCUCAAGGUGUACUACAUUCCGAUCAAGGUGUUCUACAAUCAGGUCAUCCUGCCGACCAUGAUCUGUAACAUUCCGCUGCUGCGAUACAUCCUGGUGCGGGAGCAGAUCGAAAUCGUGCACGGUCAUUCGGCGUUCAGUACGCUGGCACACGAGGCGAUGAACGUGGGCCAGCUGCUCGGGUUGAGGUCAGUAUUCACCGACCACAGCUUGUUCGGUUUUGCGGAUUUGUCCGCUGUGGUGACCAACAAGUUUCUGGAGAUCUCACUUGCGAACUGCAAUCACUGUAUUUGUGUUUCUCACACGGGUAAAGAAAACACAGUGCUCCGCGCCAAAGUGCACCAGGAUAAGGUUUCGGUGAUCCCGAAUGCCGUUGACACAGCGCACUUCACCCCUAACCCAUGCCACCGCCCGUCGGAUCCGGAUCGUAUAAACGUGGUGGUGGUUUCACGACUAGUCUAUCGCAAGGGGGUUGACCUGCUGGCAGGAAUUUUACCAAAGCUCAAAAACUGUCCCAAUAUCCACUUCAUUGUGGGUGGGGACGGGCCCAAGCGGGCAUUGCUCGAGGAAAUUCGGGAGAAGAAUAACAUGCAGGACCGAGUUACGAUGCUGGGUGCGUUGGAACACAGCCAGGUGAGGGAUGUCCUCACGCAGGGGCAUAUUUUCCUGAACACCUCGCUGACGGAGGCCUACUGCAUGGCGAUAGUCGAGGCGGCAUCCUGCGGGAUGCAAGUGGUUUCAACGCGGGUGGGUGGCAUUCCGGAAGUACUGCCGGACAGUCUCAUAAUUCUGACGGAGCCCACGGUGGAAUCGGUGUACCGUGGACUGAUGGUAGCUAUUAGGCGGGAGGCCGAAAAGAAGCAGAUUGGGUGCAUGUAUAUGAACGGUAGUAUGGAUGGGUCGGUGGGGGCAUGCCGAGAAUUAAGGAGAAGCGGUGUAGCGGUUUGCCCAUUCGAGAGGAACAACUUGGUAGCAAAUUUGUACAACUGGGACAACGUGACGAGCCGAACAGAGAAGGUUUACCGGAAAGUGCUGCAGGAAAAGGAAUCAACACUCGGGCAAAUGAUGAUCAACUGCCUGCGCAGUGGCGUUUGGCCGUACCUACUAGUCAUUUCGCUGUGCCACCUGAUACUCCGCUUCCUGGACUGGUUCGUACCGCGCAAAUACAUCGACCGGUGCCCGCUGGACAAUCCCUUCUGGGAGGGCACCGUCGCCAGCCGUAGCCGCCAAUCGCUGAACGACGUCCGAGUGCACGUGCAUCCCAUUCCUGGUGCCAGUUCCGCUGGUCCUAACGGUGGUAAGUCCAACUCGUCUUUCAAUAACAACAACGCCCAUCGUCAUUCCUCCAAACGCCACAAACAGCCGGUGGCUUCGAGUUCCUGACGACUGACGUUGCUGGGUUCCUCCCUGCUGGCGGAGGAAGAGUUUUGAGGUGUGUGUUUUAGGUAUUACAAUUGUGCAAAGAGAAUUUAAAAACCGAGCUCAUUCAUAUUGGGAAAUAAAACAAAAGAGUCUUUUUUCUGUGUAGUAUAACGACAUGUUUUAUAUUUUUGUAUAUAGGUAGCUUUUUAAAAAACUUUCCAAAAAUUUUAUUGAAUACGAAACAAUACAAAACGACA